CGGUGUUUAUUAGGUUUUAGGAAAAUUGAGUUGCCGAUAGAAAAAUUCUCAGACGAAUCCCACCAACAGUCGCCAAUUUCUCAACCGAUAAGAAAUUUCUCAUAUUCUGAAGAACUGAAGAAGAUUGAAGUACUGAUUGUAGGUUAAAGGGAACGCCUUCUGGGAAACCUCCACCCGAGGGGAAUGCGUAGAUACAUCCCGAGGAUAUGGGGAAGAAGAGUAGUAAACAUCCAAAUAAAAGGAGACGAGCCGAAACAGAAGUAGGAGUGGAAUUGGAGGUCGAGGAGGACAGGUUAAAUGUAAUGGCUUCUGAAAAACUUUCAACCAAGGGGAAUGCGCAGAAACAUCCCGAGGAGGAGCAAAAGAGUAGUACAGAGCCCAGGAAAAGAAAACGAAACAAAAAAAAGGUGCCAGUGGAGGUCGAAGAGGACAGUAGGUUUAUCUACACCAACAAAAGGCUGAGGCAGUUUCCAUGUCAUGUUUCCAACUACUCGAGACUGCAUACACUGAGAGAUAUACGAAAUUCGUUGUCUAAAUCUGAGCUGGCCCAGGUUAGGAAAACAUCGAUUGGACAUCUAGUCGACGUGCCGGAGUCACAAAAAUGGUCGUCUGCCCUUUUUUUCCUUUUUAAUGACUAGGGAGAUCCAUGUAGGACUAGAGCAAACAGGGGAAGGUGAGGUAUGGUUCUGUGUUGAAGGGAAAGACUUGUGUUUCUGCAAGGCAGACUUCAAGGCAGUUACAGGUCUUCCUUACAAGGAGUCGGGUGAAGAAAUUGAGUUGAAGGGGGUCUCGCACCUCAAGAAGAAUCUUUUUGAGGAAAUUAAAAGAGUGGAAGGAAUACAUUUAUAUGAAUUCCUUGUAUUCAGAACGAAACCCAUGGUCCAGGGUGCAGGGGCUGAUGCUCUUCGUAAUCCCAUAUUGUCCCGUAAGAGAAAAAAACGUCCCCAGAAAUUACGAAAGAGGGAGACGGUUCCAUAGAGGAUUUCAAUAGAAUCCCUUGGGGAGAAAUUACGAGAGGGUGAAAGUGGCUUUGUUACUUAUGGUGCACGUAUUCAUACUUGGGAGCCAACUGCAGCACAAAGUAGACGACCAAGACUGGCUUUCGGUGGAAAACAUAGAGGAUUUCAACAGAAUCCCUUGGGGCGAGAAAUCGUAUGUCCUCUGUUUUGAGAAUACGCAGAAAGCGAUUAAAUAUAAAAACGACAAAGAAGACCCUACCACUGAGCUCUCUCUCAAGCCACGGGGACUGCCACAAGCGUUGGUGGUAUGGAUACUGAAGCUCUUCCCGCAUUUGCUUGAAAAGUACGGAAGCGAAUCGCGUACGAAAGGGCAGCGUCCCCUUAUUCUUACGGUGUUGUGCGAGGAAGUAAUUAAUUAUAAAAAGCUUUAUGAAAAAAUUAAAGGAGUAGUCUGUAGUGAUGACAGGUUGCAGGAAAUCCGUGCGGUAGGUGAAGCGUUUCGUGAUGCUGCAUGGGAGGAAGCUGUGUCUGAAAAUCAUGAUUUGGAAGAUGCUUCAGCGAAUGGUCCCCGUGAUGAGAAAAAUCAAGCCAUGAAUUCUUCUGAUGACAAUAGACAUGUUGAUCAGGAGGUUCCGGAUCAAAUCAGAGAGGUUCCGGAUCAAAUCAGAGAGGUAAUAGGAGCAGGUGAUGCCGAACGUGGGUCCCACCUGGGUGUUAGAGUGUUAGCUUAAUUUAUAAAUAAUUUGAUGGCAGAUGCAACGAAAAAAAUGAUAAACAGGGUGCAGGAGAUGAUAGAUGGAGUUUCUGAGAAUAUGAUUCAGUUGUUUGAUUCACAUGCACAGAGAAUCGGGUCGGUGGAAUCGAUGGUCAUCCAAUUACAGAAAACAAUUGCGAGUGAUUUUGAGAAUUAUCUUGAUCUUUGUGUGACUUGUCUAAAUGUUCGGCUGAGAUUAUAUUAUUUUGGUAUAACAGUGUGCUCCUCUGGAGAAUACUACAGGCGGUAGUUCGGAAUCUGGUGAAUCUAGCAAGAACAGCGGUUCUUGCAAUGCUGAGUCCGAUGUAGAGGAUCGCGGUUUAGGACCUACCCGCAACAAGGAAGAUGAGCCAGUGGACAAAGUUGAGGAAGAGGAAGAUGAUGAUACAUGAAUUAACAUGACCAUUGAAGCUACAGAGGACAGGGAGAUUCGUUGUGUUGAGAGUUCUAUCGAGAGUGGACACGACGAGAAGAAUGAUUAUGAUGGUGUGAAGGUGGAUGUACUAAUCCAGAUACCGACCUCAUACUUCAAGAUGAUGUGGUGGAAGUGUUGGAGAAUAUGCAGGAAGUGAUGCUUACAAUCAAAGGUAGGGUUAUUGAUGUGGAAAUGGGCAAGGAAAACAUGCUUGGAGACAAAGUUUUAUCUGUGGAAGAGGAAAUUUCCAUAGGUGUCUAGUUUUAAUUAGUUAUUCCCAAAAAUGUUGUAAAUUACCAAAAAUGUUUGAAUGUGUACCCAUUGCUUGAUAUUGUAUGCCCAAUAUGAUGAAUCCACAACCUAUAAUGUGUGCACA